AUGACAAACGGUGACGAGCAACAACAACAACAACAACAGAAUGUUUUUCAUAGUUCGUUUUCAAUUCGAAGUGUUCUUGGCGAAGAUGAUACGAAAACAAAUAUUGAAAAAUUAUCUAAAACAGUUUCAUUUUAUACAUCAAUGCAAACAAUAAAUCCUUUAAAAAGAACACGUGAUGAAACAGAUGAUGAAAAUGAUCAUGAAAUUCCAUUAAAAAAACGUUCAACGAUUCUACAUAAUGAAUCCGAAGAUGAUCAUAAUCAUCAUGAUGAAGAAGAUAUUGAUAUUGGUAGUACAUCUCCAGCUAUAUAUAAUUCAGAGUAUGAUGAAGAUGAAGAUAUUGAAACUGAAGAAUGUAAUUCUCAUAUUAAAUCAUUACCAAAAAAAUCUUCACCAUCUAUAUCAAGUGAAUCAUCAUCGGGCCAUGCAUCUGGUUCCGAUGGUACAAUUAGUCGAAAUAAUAAUAAUAAUAAUAUAAAAGAACAAAAACAAGUUUCAUCAUCAUCAUCAUCAUCAACAUCAAAUACAACAACGCCUGCACCAAGAAAUAAAUAUGGUGUUAAACCAGCUUAUUCCUAUAAUGCUUUAAUAAUGAUGGCAAUACGUUCAUCUGCACAUGAACGUUUAACAUUAAAUGGUAUAUAUGAAUAUAUAAUGAAAUCUUUUCCAUAUUAUCGUGAAAAUAAACAAGGUUGGCAAAAUUCAAUUAGACAUAAUUUAUCUUUGAAUAAAUGUUUUGUUAAAGUUCCAAGACAUUAUGAUGAUCCCGGUAAAGGAAAUUAUUGGAUGCUUGAUCCAUCAGCUGAUGAUGUUUUUAUUGGUGCCACAACUGGUAAACUUCGACGUCGAACAUCAACAUCAAGAAAUCAUCGUUUAGCUGCAUUUAAACGUUCAGGUCUAACACAUUCAAAUCCAUUUGUUCCAACACCAUUUCUUUCACAACAUCCACAUACAAAUUCAUGGCCAUAUUCAGCUGCUGUUUAUGCAUCAGCAGCCGCUGCUGCUAUGUGGUCAGCAUCAUCAUCACAGGCAGCAUCAAAUUCAACAUGUCAACAACAACAACAAUUUUUAAAUGUUUUAAAUUCACAUUCACAUCAUCCAACAAAUUAUGCUUUAGCAGCAGCUGAAGCAUUAAGACAUCAUCAAAUACCAACAAAUCGAUCAAUUUUAGCUGAACAUUUAUUAUCUGCUAGUUCAAUUUCACCUAAUAAAACAAGGUCAGUGUCGUAA